AUGGACCAGCAGCCGCGGUUGAUGCACUCUCAUGCGGGAGUAGGGAUGGCAUCGCACCCCGGCCUGUCGCAACACAUGGAAGGCACCGGAGGAACGGAAGGCGAUGGGAGAAAACAGGACAUUGGAGACAUUUUACAGCAAAUAAUGACCAUCACAGAUCAGAGUCUGGAUGAAGCUCAAGCCAGGUAAGGUGCCAGAUGUGCGCAGUAGCCUACCUUGUCAACAUGGACAACGAAUGUGUGGCAAACUACUGUAUUCAUUAAAUUAAGGUGGAUAAGAAGACAUUUCAAGUCAGUCAGAUUUCUAGUGAAAAAUAUUAUAUUGAUGGAAUGGAGAAGAAUUACGCAUUCGAGCCCAACAGCCAAUAACGAUAAGCGGGCGAGCGCGCAUUUGGAAAAAUUAUAACAUCCACAGUGCAGCAGACUCAAUUUCAACUUUGAAGUUCUCUUAUUAUAAGUAUUUAGUAGACAUAUACUUUUUUCCUGAAUUUCCAGAAAUGAUAUAAUAUUGCAGCAGUAUAACGUACAGACAAGACAGUAGGUUAGAUUCAAAGUGUUUUCACUAUAGAUUCAAAGUGUUUUCACACAUCUGACAAAUCAAUAACGACGUGCAAAUCUGACAUCUCAAGUUUGUGGAUGCGAUUUGUCAUCAAAAUAACCAGCAUCACAUUGAUUGACAACAUCAUCAUUUCGAUGAACUUUUGUGCAAACACAGCUCUCUCUCUCUGUCACUCCAGUCAAAAUAUAACAACUGAUAAGGCAUAGCCUAAAUCUAAUAUAAAUCUGGAAUAUGCUAUUAUAGGCUAUCAUUUAUUAUUUGCAUGGGCUAUACAAUGGGCCAUUGAUAGUAAUUGCAGAUAAAUAAUGUGCAUCCAGUUACUAGAUAUUCAAUUGACUCAGAAGCUAAAGCGAAGUGCUCAAACGCGCACUGCGUUUGUAGGCUGUGUUUUGCCUACAUCGUGCAGGGCGAGCAGCAGAGAGGAAUCUUUCAAAAUACUAUGAAACUCUUUGGACAACCCUUUUCCACUGUCCUGUGUUGCACUGUGAUGAACAUGACUGUAAUUUAUACAAAUUCAACAACAAACAAUACAUGUAAUAAUUGUUGAAAAAGAAACAAAAAUACAUCUUCAAAACUGUUGUAUAAAUUAUUGUUUGUAUUGUUGCUCAAUCAGUCCAGAACAUAAUAAUUUGUUGCAUUACAUUUUUAGGCAGUAACAAAUAGCUAUAUAUUCCAGUUUACUUUCUUUAUUUGCUUCCAAUAAUAAUAAUAAUAAUAAUAAUAAUAAUAAUAUAAAUAUUAACAUGUCAUUUUUAAAUAUUACAUAUGCUAUUUUACUUUCGAGAUUAAGCAUGCAUAUACAAAUACAGCCGGCUUUCAAUAAAAGGUUGACGUGAUGCGCAUCAUUUGCUUCACACAAUUGCCUGUCUCCAUAAUUUGCGACAUAGGCUAUAUGCUUCAAUAAAACCUUUAGCCUAUAACUACGUUAUUAGGCUAACGCUUUUAGGAUUUAUGAGAAUUUUUGAACUUUACUUUAUUUUGUUUUAUAGGAAACACGCCUUGAAUUGCCACAGGAUGAAGCCUGCUCUCUUCAACGUCUUGUGUGAAAUCAAAGAAAAAACAGGUAGGCCCAAUGCGUUUUAUGAAGUUAUCUACUGGGCUACUGAAUGCACGUCAAAUACAGACCUACACAAUUUGAAGGAAAAACUAUAGGCUUACUAGCUACCUAGAGAAACGUAAAGUGCGUUCUUCGUCGGCUACAGAAGCCCAAGUAAAGGGGACAUUGUAUGCGCUCUAUAUAGGACUCAUAAAUGUCUUCAGAGAAAGCGCGUUUUAGCCUACAAUUCACAGCCAUUCGCAUAGAUGAACUUGUUGCAGCCAGGGCAUGCAUGCAUGUUUUUCAAUGUGCUUUGAAUUACAUUCUUAUAUGAGAAGAGAAAUACAAAUGUGGCUAUUUUUAAGACCUGUGUUUUUACCAUUUGCACAUGUUUUUGGAGUGCAAUCCAUUUUAUGCUAUUACACAUUAGGCAGCCCUACAAUCAGUGCUACUUGAUUGAAAAUAUUUUACAAUUAUAGUGUCAAACAUCUGAAGGUUUGAUGGCGUUGAUGAUGGAAAGUGUUGAGAGCUAAAUUACCGUCUUCAUCAUAAUGUUUCCCCCUUGUGUGCUAGCUGUCAAAUCUCUCUGCUGAGUGUGUCUCAUUUAAUUCACUUGCGGUCUGUCUCUCCAUUUGUCUGUGCUGUUGUGAGAGACCAUGUACCCAGAAUAAUUGCACUAAGAGCAGAUGCAGUGACAUUAGACUUAGGGAGCAGCAUAACAGAAGUCGUCUUUCCAGAAUACAAACCCCUUUUCCCCUUGACAUUUCUGAAAUUGGCACAGAUAGAAUUCAGAGCUGCUCAGGAGCGAUAGUGUGUAUAUAUCUUGUCUAUUAUUUUCCCGUUCUAAGCUAUGGAAUGGAAUGGGGACUCCUUUAAAUUUGUACUUGUGAGAUAUUGAGAUGCUAUCGCUGUCUGGGUUUGACGUGGAAGCGGCUCCACUGUGUUUCACAGUCAUUAGUGCAUGAAAUAAAAUGGGAUAGAUAGAUAGAGGAUAAAAGAGAUAUCAUUUUCAUUAUCUCUGUGCUCUCACUUGGUCCAUACUUCCUGCUUCACUGCUGUGGUGCUGUGUGUGGAGGUGAUGGGUUGUGCUGUUUAUUUUAUUCCCUGUGUGUAUGUGAUUCUACUUUUCCAUGAUGUUUUCAUUUUCAUUGAAGUUCAACCCCCCCCCCCCCCCCCCCACCGCCACCCUCCACCUCCACUCCCCACCGACCCAGUCCUCCUGCCCCAUGUAGCGCACCCUCAAUUGGGCCAGUUUCUAAGGAGAGCAGGGGGCCUUUUGAGGCCUGCUGGCUCUCUCUCCUUUCUCUGUUGUCUUGUUAGGGUUUUGGAGGGGGAGUGAGUGACACAGUUAUGCAUAGUGUUUUACUCCCUGCCGUUUUUCUGAGUUCAUCCAAAGUUUGUCACCGCAUGGAGUACAAAGUCACUUGGAUCUGGUCCUGUCUAGGAGUGCUGUGCCUUCUCUCUCAGUCUCUCUCAGCCGGCUACAACCCUACCAUCCCAAUAGCCCAGGUUUCUGUUUCUCCUGAAGGAGAAUGUCUCUGAGUCUGACCAUCUCCUCUUCUCAGAGGAGGUUUAGUUACACAUACCUACUGUGGUUGGAGGAAAUUAAGUUCAUUACAUCAAUUGAAUAUAGAUGUAUGAUAUACUACUGUAAAUACAGCACAUGGUUCUGAACAACUCUUUCAUGUACUGUAUGAGACAUUGUCUCAUCCGCUCUCUAGUGUAGUUGUAUAAGGUGUUAGAAUUAAGUUCUUAGAGGUAGUUUUGAAAAUAUUUUUGAAAAGUGUCAGCUGCUGAAGCCUAGAGUACAUCUCUGUUAAGUAAACCUCGACUGGGUCCUUUCGGCUAGGUGCCAAAGUAUUAAAAACCUUAUGAUGAUUCUCCCAGUAAAAAAAGCAUACCUGUUUUUUAAACAUUAUUAUAACUCUGCCUGCCACAGUACAGACUACAGGCUAGCCCCAGUGAAACUGUGUUGAGUUGAGCCGGUCGGCCGGUGAGCACGGUUUCUGUUAGGUCUUAAAGUAAAUAAAGUUUAGAGCAGAACUCACUGACUGCACAGACCUCUGCUGCUGCUGCUCUGGAAUCUGUCUUGUUUUUAACCAUUAAAUAUGUCUGAAUGCACCAGAGACAUUAAGGCUAUUUCUAGUGUGGUUUUUACACCACAUGACAUUCACUUAGGAUAACUGUGUUGUUAAUGGCUUUUUGUAACAUAUAGUUUUUUUUUCUGAUAAGACUAUCAUUUGCCAUUUUUAUUUAUUUGUAGAAUUUUGUCAUAGCAACAUUUGAGAGCUGUGAAUUUAUAUAAUAACUGCAUAUAGUACAUUCAAAUAUAUACACUACCGUUCAAACGUUUGGGGUCACUUAGAAAGUCAUUGUUUUCGAAGAAAAGCAUUUUUUUGUCCAUUAAAAUAACAUCAAAUUUAUCAGCAAUACAGUGUAGACAUUGUUAAUGUUGUAAAUGGCUAUUAUAGCUGGAAAUAGCUGAUUUUAAAUGGAAUAUCUACAUAGGCGAACAGAGGCCCAUUAUCAGCAACCAUCAGUCCUGUGUUCCAAUGGCACGUUGUGUUUGCUAAUCCAAGUUUAUCAUUUUAAAAGGCUAAUUGAUCAUUAGAAAACCCUUUUGCAAUUAUGUUAGCACAGCUGAAAACUGUUGUGCUGAUUAAAGAAGCAAUAAAACUGGCCUUCUUGAGACUAGUUGAGUAUCUGGAGCAUCAGCAAUUGUGGGUUCGAUUACAGGAUCAAAACGGCCAGAAACAAAUAACUUUCUUCUGAAAGUCGUCAGUCUAUUCUUGUUCUGAGAAAUGAAGGCUAUUCCAUGCGAGAAAUUGCCAAGAAACUGAAGAUCUCGUACAACGCUGUGUACUACUCCCUUCACAGAACAGCGCAAACUGUCUCUAACAAGAAUAGAAAGAGGAGUGGGAGGCCCCGGUGCACAACUGAGCAAGAGGACAAAUACAUUAAAGUGUCUAGUUUGAGAAACAGACGCCUCACAGGUCCUCAACUAGCAGCUUCAUUAAAUAGUACCCGCAAAACACCAGUCUCAACGUCAAUAGUGAAGAGGCGACUCCGGGAUGCUGACCUAGGCAGAGUUGGAUUAGCAAACACAACGUGCCAUUGGAACACAGGACUUAUGGUUGCUGAUAAUGGGCCUCUGUUCGCCUAUGUAGAUAUUCCAUUAAAAAUCAGCCAUUUCCAGCUACAAUAGCCAUUUACAACAUUAACAAUGUCUACACUGUAUUUCUGAUCAAUUUGAUGUUAUUUUAAUGGACAAAAAAAAUGCUUUUCUUUCAAAAACAAGGACAUUUAUAAGUGACCCCAAACGUUUGAACGGUAGUGUAUAUAUUUUAAUGUACUAUAUGCAGUUAUUAUAUAAAUUCACAGCUCUCAAAUGUUGCUAUGACAAAAUUCUACAAAUAAAUAAAAAUGGCAAAUGAUAGUCUUAGCAGAAAACCCCCCCCCGAUAUUUUACAAUAAGCCAUUAACAACACAGUUAUCCUAAGUGAAUAUCAUGUGGUGUAAAAACCACACUAGAAAUAGCCUUAAUGUCUCUGGUGCAUUGAGACAUAUUUCAUGGUUAAAAACAAGACAGAUUCCAGAGCAGCAGCAGCAGAGGUCUGUGCAGUCAGUGAGUUCUGCUCUGAGCUUCAUUUACUUUAAGACCUAACAGAAACCGUGCCCACCGGCCGACCGGCUCAACUCAAACUUUUGACUUAUUUGAAUUUCAUAGUUUUUAUUCAAAACCUUAAUUCACAGUUUUUUGGUUUUGCAAAUAUAUAAAUAUUUUUAGAAUUUGGUUUUAGUAAAUGGGAUUGUCUGUCCCCUCCAUCUCCACUACGCGCUUUAUGUCUCUGACUGUCCCCGGUACCAGAAAACUGACAUCACCUGCAGGCGUCAGGAAAUAAUAUAAUGCCAUGCUCAGGCAAGCAGGACAGGCAGCGUUGAGUAACUCCUGAACUCCUGACCCACUCUGUGUAUUUGUACUGGGAUACUGUGGUGUGGUGAGCGAUCGGUGCCCAGCAGAACGACUACUCACUAUAAACAAGCACAGUGCUGUGCACUGCUCACACCCCAGAGGAAAGGAGAAGGAACACUUUAUUUCAACCCAGGGUAGGCAUCUUUCUUUUUCUUUACUUCUUCAUUCAGACACUGGUUUAUUUUUUCCGUCCUUGACUGCUUAGUUUCAUCCCGAUCAUAUUUUGGUUGUCUUUCUCUACUGAAAGGAAUGUUACUUUUCACUCAGAGGUGUGUACAAUACUUGAUAAAAAGAGAUUGACACUUCACCUGUAUGGAUUAUUACAUUUAAAAACAGUUUGAUUUUGACACACACUCCUAAGGUUACUGUUGGAUAGGAGGAUUAGUGUUCACUGUGAGAAGAAUAAGAAAGAGAAGUUAAACUCAGUGUUAGGGUCUCGUCUGUGACAGGAGGAAGUUGAACUCAGUGUUAGGGUCUUGUCUGUGACAGUAGGAAGUUGAACUCAGUGUUAGGGUCUUGUCUGUGACAGUAGGAAGUUGAACUCAGUGUUAGGGUCUUGUCUGUGACAGUAGGAAGUUGAACUCAGUGUUAGGGUCUUGUCUGCGACAGGAGGAAGUUGAACUCAGUGUUAGGGUCUUGUCUGCGACAGUAGGAAGUUGAACUCAGUGUUAGGGUCUUGUCUGCGACAGUAGGAAGUUGAACUCAGUGUUAGGGUCUUGACUGUGACAGUAGGAAGUUGAACUCAGUGUUAGGGUCUUGUCUGUGACAGUAUGAAGUUGAACUCAGUGUUAGGGUCUUGUCUGUGACAGUAGGAAGUUGAACUCAGUGUUAGGGUCUUGUCUGUGACAGUAGGCUGCAUGUCCCAAAAGUAUCCACCCUGAGCCACGUUAUAAGAGGUAUUGGCACAGGGUGCUUUCCAAAAAUACACCCAAACAAUUUGACUCCAAUGCUAUUGCGCCAUGAAACCUUAACCUUCUGCAAACUCAACUCAUUAUAACAUAUACAAAUGUGACACAACUCAAUCUUACAUCAUGGUUUUGAAAAUAAAAUAAAAUAUUUCUAACUUUAUUAAUCAUGAGGUGAAUGUGGCAAAAUGUAAUUAAACCCUAACCCUUUUAUUUUCAAAAAUUGUAUUUCACCUUUAUUUAACCAGGUAGGCCAGUUGAGAACAAGUUCUCAUUUACAACUGCGACCUGGCCAAGAUAAAGCAAAGCAGUGCGAUAAAAACAACAACAACACAGAGUUACACAUGGGAUAAACAAAACAUACAGUCAAUAACACAAUAGAAAAUCUAUAUACAGUGUGUGCAAAUGUAGUAAGUUAUGGAGGUAAGGCAAUAAAUAGGCCAUACUGCAAAAUAAUUACAAUUUAGUAUUAACACUGGAGUGAUAGAUGUGCAGAAGAUGAUGUGCAAAUAGAGAUACUGGAGUGCAAAUGAGCAAAAUAAAUAACAAUAUGGGGAUGAGGUAGUUGGGUGGGCUAAUUACAGAUGGGCUGUGUACAGGUGCAGUGAUCGGUAAGCUGCUCUGACAACUGAUGCUUAAAGUUAGUGAGGGAGAUAAGAGUGUCCAGCUUCAGAUAUUUUUGCAGUUCGUUCCAGUCAUUAGCAGCAGAGAACUGGAAGGAAUGGUGGCCAAAGGAGGUGUUGGCUUUGGGGAUGACCAGUGAGAUAUACCUGCUGGAUCGCAUACUACGGGUGGGUGUUGCUAUGGUGACCAAUGAGCUAAGAUAAGGCAGGGAUUUGCCUAGCAGAGAUUUAUAGAUGACCUGGAGCCAGUGGGUUUGGCGACUAAUAUGUAGUGAGGGCCAGCCAACGAGAGCGUACAGGUCACAAUGGUGGGUAGUAAAUGGGGUUUGAUUACAAAACGGAUGGCACUGUGAUAGACUACAUCCAAUUUGCUGAGUAGAGUGUUGGAGGCUAUUUUGUAAAUGACAUCGCCAAAGUCAAGGAUCGGUAGGAUAGUCAGUUUUACGAGGGCAUGUUUGGCAGCAUGAGUGAAGGAGGCUUUGUUGCGAAAUAGGAAGCCGAUUCUAGAUGUAACUUUGGAUUGGAGAUGCUUAAUGUGAGUCUGGAAGGAGAGUUUACGGUCUAACCAGACACCUAGGUAUUUGUAGUUGUCCACAUAUUCUAAGUCAGACCCGCCAAGAGUAGUGAUUCUAGUCGGGCGGGCGGGCGGGUGCAAGCAGCGUUCGAUUGAAGAGCAUGCAUUUAGUUUUACUAGCGUUUAAGAGCAAUUGGAGGCUACGGAAGGAGUGUUGUAUGGCAUUGAAGCUCGUUUGGAGGUUUGUUAACACAGUGUCCAAUGAAGGACCAGAUGUAUACAAAAUGGUGUCGUCUGCGUAGAGAUGGAUCUGAGAGUCACCAGCAGCAAGAGCGACAUCAUUGAUAUACACAGAGAAUAGAGUCGGCCCGAGAAUUGAACCCUGUGGCACCCCCAUAGAGACUGCCAGAGGUCCAGACAACAGGCCCUCCGAUUUGACACAUUGAACUCUAUCUGAGAAGUAGUUGGUGAACCAGGUGAGGCAGUCAUUUGAGAAACCAAGGCUAUUUAGUCUGCCAAUAAGAAUGUGGUGAUUGACAGAGUCGAAAGCCUUGGCCAGGUCGAUGAAGACGGCUGCACAGUACUGUCUUUUAUCGAUCGUGGUUAUAAUAUCGUUUAGGACCUUGAGCGUGGCUGAGGUGCACCCAUGACCAGCUCGGAAACCAGAUUGCAUAGCGGAGAAGGUACGGUGGGAUUCGAAAUGGUCGGUGAUCUGUUUGUUAACAUUAAACCUAUCUUCAUCACAAAAUUAUAAACCUGAAUGUAGAGGAUUGCAAACUAUCUGUUUUAAUCAUGCUUUUAAAGUUUCCACAGUUUGUUUUUGGAACUGGUCUAAAGGACCUUGCUUCUCCUUUUGAUGAGAAAACUGUCGACAUCAUCCAAAAUGGUGCUUAAGAAAAUUAGCUAAAAUGAAUUGACUUCUAUAAACACCUCGUCAACGUCAUAAAUCUCCAACAGUGUCAAACAUAACCUCUCUGUGACACUGAGACGCUUGCUCAGUAAAUGUAGUCUGUGUCCCAAAUGGCACCCUAUUCCCUAUAUAGUGCAUUACUUUUGACCAGAGGCCUAUGUGCCCCGGUCAAAAGUAGUGCACUAUAUAGGGAAUAGGGUGCCAUUUGGGACGCAUCCCUACUGCUCUGACUGGCUGUUUAGUUUUUUUCCCGCUCAACCUCAACAAAAGGCCAGUUUUCUGGUGGCCUUGUUUGAAUAGUGUAAGGUUUCACGCCGGGGGAUGCUCCAUUUAUAAAAAUUACUAGCGGAGUGAUGUAAUGUUAUUUUUUGAAUGGUGAAAAUGAGGUGUUUUACAGAGGUCAGCGGAGUAAUAUUUGAUGUGAAAUUAGCCAGAUAUCUGAUUUACAGAGGAUGUGUCUCAAAUGCCGACCUAUUCCCUAUAUAGUGCACUACUUUUGACCAGAACCAUAUGGCCUCUGGUCAAAGGUAGUGCACUACACAGGGAAUAGGGUGCCAUUUGGGAUGCAGACAGAGAGGUGUAUUGAGACGCAGACAGAGAGAUACAGUACACUACACUACAUUGAGUUGUCAGUCCAUUCAGAUGUCUUGGCAUCUGCAUGUUUUUACUAUAGAAAGUAGACUCCAGCCCCCAGAGUCCAGUCAGAACCCUACAAACCACAUCACACCAUCGUAAUAUAAACCAUUUAUGUUAGCCGUCAUUAUCCGCAGAAGAAAACCUGUUUUUAGCUUCGAACAACAAUGUGGUAUAGAAACCCAUAGGGAUUUCCAGUUUGACUGUAUAUACAGUAUUUUUUGUUGUUGUUGUUAGAUUAGCGCAACGGUGUAUUUUGAGAGUGCAUUGCCAAUGCCAAACUACUGGUACUCAAAAGGCAAAUGUUGACAUACAGUUGAAGUCGGAAGUUUACAUACACCUUAGCUAAAUACAUUUAAACUCAGUUUUUCACAAUUCCUUACAUUUAAUCCUAGUAAAAAUUCCCGAUCUUAGGUCAGUUAGGAUCAGCACUUCAUUUUAAGAAUGUGAAAUGUCAGAAUAAUAGUAGAGAGAAUUAUUUAUUUCAGCUUUGAUUUCUUUCAUCACAUUCACAGUGGGUCAGAAGUUUACAUACACUCAAUUAGUAUUUGGUAGCAUUGCCUUUAAAGUGUUUAACUUGGGUCAAACGUUUCGGGUAGCCUUCCACAAGCUUCCCACAAUAAGUUGGGUGAAUUUUGGCCGAUUCCUCCUGACAGAGCUGAUGUAACUGAGUCAGGUUUAGAGGCCUCCUUGCUCGCACACGCUUUUUCAGUUCUGCCCACACAUUUUCUAUAGGAUUGAGGUCAGGGCUUUGUGAUGGCCACUCCAAUACCUUGACUUUGUUGUCCUUAAGCCAUUUUGCCACAACAUUGGAAGUAUGCUUGGGGUCAUUGUCCAUUUGGAAGACACAUUUGCAACCAAGCUUUAACUUCCUGACUGAUGUCUUGAGAUGUUGCUUCAAUAUAUCCACAUAAUUUCCCUUCCUCAUGAUGCCAUCUAUUUUGUGAAGUGCACCAGUCCCUCCUGCACCCAUGAUGCUGCCACCCCUGUGCUUCACGGUUGGGAUGGUGUUCUUCGGCUUGCAAGCGACCCCCUUUUUCCUCCAAACAUAACAAUGGUCAUUAUGGCCAAACAGUUCUAUUUUUGUUUCAUCAGACCAGAGGACAUUCCUCCAAAAAGUACGAUCUUUGCCCCAUGUGCAGUUGCAAACCGUUGUCUGGCUUUUAUAUGGCGGUUUUGGAGCAGUGGCUUCUUCCUUGCUGAGCGGCCUUUCAGGUUAUGUCGAUAUAGGACUCGUUUUACUGUUGAUAUAGAUACUUUUGUACCUGUUUCCUCCAGCAUCUUCACAAGGUCCUUUGCUGUUGUUCUGGGAUUGAUUUGCACUUUUCGCACCAAAGUACGUUCAUCUCUAAGAGACAGAACGCGUCUCCUUCCUGAGCGGUAUGAAGGCUGUGUGGUCCCAUGGUGUUUAUACUUGCAUACUAUUGUUUGUACAGAUGAAUGUGGUACCUUCAGGCAUUUGGAAAUUGCUCCCAAGGAUGAACCAGACUUGUGGAGGUCCAAAAAAUAAUAAUCUGAGGUCUUGGCUGAUUUCUUUAGAUUUUCCCAUGAUGUCAAGCAAAGAGGCACUGAGUUUGAAGGUAGGCCUUGAAAUACAUCCACAGGUACACCUCCAAUUGACUCAAAUUAUGUCAAUUAGCCCAUCAGAAGCUCCUAAAGCCAUGACAUAAUUUUCUGGAAUUUUCCAAGCUGUUUAAAGUCACAGUCAACUUAGUGUAUGUAAACUUCUGACCCACUGGAAUUGUGAUUCAGUGAAUUAUAAGUGAAAUAAUCAGUCUGUAAACAAUUGUUGGAAAAACUAAUUGUGUCAUGCACAAAGUAGAUGUCCUAACCGACUUGCCAAAACAAUAGUUUGUUAACAAGAAAUUUGUGGAGUGGUUGACAAACGAGUUUUAAUGACUCCAACCUAAGCGUAUGUAAACUUCUGACUUCAACUGUAUCAGUUCGCUCUCUAUCUAAAUCCAUCUGGUGUCACUUUGGUAGUAUGAUUAUUGUAAGUAAUAGGGAACGUUACUAUAUAGUGCACUAUGGUCCCUAUGGGCCCUGGUCAAAAUAGUGCACUAUAAAGGGAAUAGGGUGCCAUUUGGGAUGUAGACAUAGGCUAGGCAGGGGCCUGUUCAGAGCUAAUGUAAACUAGCAGCCUGUAACAGUUUAUUUCCAUCCAAUCAAUACAGGAGGACGUCUACUCAGAUAUAGAGCGUCGGUGUCUGUUAGUGGACUGACUGGGAGUGUUGAUGCUAAUACGUGCAGCAGCUUUUGUCUUUUAUCCAGCCUGCUCCUCUAUGUUGAUGCAGCAGCAUUCGGAGAGUGUGUGUGUGUUUGUAUGUGUGUGUAUGUGUGGGUGUGUGUGUGUGUGUGUGUGUGUGUGUGUGUGUGUGUGUGUGUGUGUGCAGCAGUAUUCAGAGGAGAGAGAGAAACACAAAGCAGUGCUCUCCACAGCUGUUUCCCUCCUAUCUCUCUGUUUAAUCACCCAAAUAUCUCUCUGUUUAAUCAUCCCCCCCACUGAUGGUGGUGACCGUGAAAUUGAUCUAUCUGUUUCACGUUGAGUAGUUGUUUUUCCCCUCAAUGUUUUCCUGUGAUGUUAUCCCAGUGAUGAUGACAGGGAGAAAGCAUCUCUGUUGUGUGGGAAAGAGAGUAAGACAGAAAGGACUGAGAAAUAAGAAACACAAGAGGGAAGACCAAUCAAAUUCCUCUUUUAUAGGCUGGUGAGCUAGCUACUAAAAUUACUGUCCUUUUAUCCUGUUACGGCAUCAGGGCAAUGCUAAAUGCUAUUCAUUAAAAAUGAAUAUUAUGCGCUUAUGGUCUCCAAAAUAAAGCAUAUCCCAGUCAUUGUGGUGAAUGAAAUGUAUAAAAUGGAUAGCUGGUUGGAUUUAGCGCUCAUGCCUCACCAGACAGAAUUAACAGACCACAGCAUCCACUGCUUUAAGAUGGGGAUAUGGUGGCUUUAAGAUGGGGAUAUGGUGGCUUUAAGAUGGGGAUAUGGUGGCUUUAAGAUGGGGAUAUGGUGGCUUUAAGAUGGGGAUAUGGUGGCUUUAAGAUGGGGAUAUGGUGGCGUACAUCUGACUGUUUCUCUCUGCUUGCUUUUUUGGCUCCUUUUUGCAAUAAUGAUCUCUAUAAAGAUGGGGUCUGCCUUGGCCCUUUUUUGUGUGCUGCUAGCUUCCUCUAAUAUUUAAUCAAAUCCGCAAAUUUGUUAUGUACAUUAAAUUGAACAUGCUACGGCACUUUCGAAUGUGGUUGCCAUACCAACCCCCCAGGUAUUCAUUUUCCUUAAUGCAGGGCUUUGAAUCUCAUUUCCUACACACUCCCCUGCUGCUAAGAGCUGCUCCGAGCAGGCGCUACCUCCAGGCUUCCACUGUACCGCUGACAGAGCACCGCUCCACCGACACAGCCUUCAAACGCUAG